AUGCCUGGGAAGACAGGCUGGGGCUGGUGGUGGGCCCAGCUGCCUCUUUGCCUGCUCCUUAGCCUUUAUGGCCCCUGGGUGCCUUUCUCCCUGGGGAAGCCCAAGGGCCACCCCCACAUGAAUUCCAUCCGCAUAGAUGGGGACAUCACACUGGGGGGCCUGUUCCCAGUGCACGGCCGGGGCUCAGAGGGCAAGGCCUGCGGAGAACUUAAGAAGGAGAAAGGCAUCCACCGGCUGGAGGCCAUGCUCUUUGCCCUGGAUCGCAUCAACAAUGACCCGGACCUGCUGCCCAACAUCACGCUGGGCGCCCGCAUUCUGGACACCUGCUCGAGGGACACCCAUGCCCUCGAGCAGUCACUGACCUUUGUGCAGGCGCUCAUCGAGAAGGAUGGCACGGAGGUCCGCUGUGGCAGUGGCGGCCCACCCAUCAUCACCAAACCUGAACGUGUGGUGGGUGUCAUCGGUGCCUCGGGGAGCUCAGUCUCCAUCAUGGUGGCCAACAUCCUUCGCCUCUUCAAGAUCCCCCAGAUCAGCUACGCCUCCACAGCCCCUGACCUGAGUGACAACAGCCGCUACGACUUCUUCUCCCGCGUGGUGCCCUCAGACACGUACCAGGCCCAGGCCAUGGUAGACAUCGUCCGCGCCCUCAAGUGGAACUACGUGUCCACACUGGCCUCGGAGGGCAGCUACGGCGAGAGCGGCGUGGAGGCCUUCAUCCAGAAGUCCCGGGAGGAUGGGGGGGUGUGCAUCGCUCAGUCGGUGAAGAUACCGCGGGAACCUAAGCCCGGGGAGUUUGACAAGAUCAUCCGGCGCCUCCUGGAGACCUCAAACGCCAGGGCGGUCAUCAUCUUUGCCAAUGAGGAUGACAUCAGGCGUGUGCUAGAGGCUGCGCGGAAGGCCAACCAGACGGGCCACUUCUUCUGGAUGGGCUCGGACAGCUGGGGCUCCAAGAGCGCACCCGUGCUGGACCUGGAGGAGGUGGCCGAGGGUGCUGUCACUAUCCUCCCCAAGAGAAUGUCUGUACGAGGCUUCGACCGCUACUUCUCCAGCCGCACGCUGGACAACAACCGGCGCAACAUCUGGUUUGCCGAGUUCUGGGAGGACAACUUCCAUUGCAAGCUGAGCCGCCACGCGCUCAAGAAGGGCAGUCACGUCAAGAAGUGCACCAACCGAGAACGCAUCGGGCAGGACUCGGCAUAUGAGCAGGAGGGGAAGGUGCAGUUCGUGAUUGAUGCCGUGUACGCCAUGGGCCACGCGCUGCACGCCAUGCACCGUGACCUGUGUCCCGGCCGCGUGGGCCUCUGCCCGCGCAUGGACCCCGUGGACGGCACCCAGCUGCUCAAGUACAUCCGCAACGUCAACUUCUCAGGCAUCGCGGGGAACCCCGUGACCUUCAAUGAGAACGGAGAUGCCCCUGGCCGCUACGACAUCUACCAGUACCAGUUGCGCAAUGGCUCUGCUGAGUACAAGGUCAUCGGCUCCUGGACGGACCACCUGCACCUCAGAAUAGAGCGGAUGCACUGGCCGGGGAGUGGGCAGCAGCUGCCCCGCUCCAUCUGCAGCCUGCCCUGCCAGCCGGGCGAGCGGAAGAAGACCGUGAAGGGCAUGCCCUGCUGCUGGCACUGUGAGCCCUGCACGGGGUACCAGUAUCAGGUGGACCGCUAUACCUGUAAGACCUGCCCGUAUGACAUGCGGCCCACAGAGAACCGCACGGGCUGCCGGCCCAUCCCCAUCAUCAAGCUGGAGUGGGACUCGCCCUGGGCCGUGCUGCCCCUCUUCCUGGCCGUGGUGGGCAUCGCUGCCACGCUCUUCGUGGUGGUCACCUUCGUGCGCUACAACGACACGCCCAUUGUCAAGGCCUCGGGCCGCGAGCUGAGCUACGUGCUGCUGGCCGGCAUCUUCCUGUGCUACGCCACCACCUUCCUCAUGAUCGCCGAGCCCGACCUGGGGACCUGCUCUCUGCGCCGGAUCUUCCUGGGGCUAGGCAUGAGCAUCAGCUAUGCGGCCCUGCUCACCAAGACCAACCGCAUCUACCGCAUCUUUGAGCAAGGCAAGCGGUCGGUCAGUGCCCCGCGCUUCAUCAGCCCUGCCUCGCAGCUGGCCAUCACCUUCAGCCUCAUCUCCCUGCAGCUGCUCGGCAUCUGCGUGUGGUUUGUGGUGGACCCCUCCCACUCGGUGGUGGACUUCCAGGACCAGCGGACGCUCGACCCCCGCUUCGCCAGGGGCGUGCUCAAGUGUGACAUCUCGGACCUGUCGCUCAUCUGCCUGCUGGGCUACAGCAUGCUGCUCAUGGUCACGUGCACCGUGUACGCCAUCAAGACGCGCGGUGUGCCCGAGACCUUCAACGAGGCCAAGCCCAUUGGCUUCACCAUGUACACCACCUGCAUCGUCUGGCUCGCCUUCAUCCCCAUUUUCUUUGGCACUUCGCAGUCGGCAGACAAGCUGUACAUCCAGACGACGACGCUGACGGUCUCGGUGAGUCUGAGCGCCUCGGUGUCCCUGGGGAUGCUCUACAUGCCCAAGGUCUACAUCAUCCUCUUCCACCCGGAGCAGAAUGUGCCCAAGCGCAAGCGCAGCCUCAAAGCCGUCGUCACCGCCGCCACCAUGUCCAACAAGUUCACGCAGAAGGGCAGCUUCCGGCCCAAUGGUGAGGCCAAGUCUGAGCUCUGUGAGAACCUCGAGACCCCAGCACUGGCCACCAAACAGACCUACGUCACCUACACCAACCAUGCAAUCUAG